AUGAACAAGCGGCCUCGCCGCGUCCGGCAGCCCAGCGGCGCCUCAUUCGCGCCGGCGCCCGACGCCAGCUCCAACCGGAGGCAUGGCGUGGUGAGGAGCGGUGGGCGGCUGGCGCCGGUGCACACGCUGCCGCUCACGCCUGCCGCAGACGAGCCGGGCCUUCGCUCCGCGUCCACGGUGCAGCCGCUGGCAGGCCUCGAGUACGGACCGACGCCCUUCAGCUGCCCAGUCGACACGCUGCUCACGCCCAGCGGCGCCUCAUUCGCGCCGGCGCCCGACGCCAGCUCCAACCGGAGGCAUGGCGUGGUGAGGAGCGGUGGGCGGCUGGCGCCGGUGCACACGCUGCCGCUCACGCCUGCCGCAGACGAGCCGGCCUUUCGCUCCGCGUCCACGGUGCAGCCGCUGGCAGGCCUCGAGUACGGACCGACGCCCUUCAGCUGCCCAGUCGACACGCUGCUCACGGCGUACGCCGUCGCCGCUGUCGUGUACAACGACGGCGCGCACUGGUGGGCCGACCUGCUCAGCCGCAGGCACUUCACCAAGCGGUCGCGCAGCACGGGCUCCUACCGGUACGAUGGGCUCGAGAGCGGCGGCCAGCUGCGCUACGCCGGCCGCGGACCCUCGCCCACCCUCACCUCGGAGCCACGGCACGUGUCCUUGGUCUGGUACCGUGCCGUGCCCGACGAGUGA